GCCCUUGUUGGGACCUGGCUGAGCUUGCCCAUCGCGGUCCACGCUCCACCCACAUCCACGAGAAGGGACAUGCCUUGUGUCCCCAACCCAAGAGAAGACCAUCUUGCACCUAGAGCUUAAGCUGGUACCUCUCCUAGGGAACACUUGUUGUGGUCCCUGGCCCCAGAGGAAGGGUCUCACCUGCGUCCUCUAAUAUAUGCCCCCUAAGACGACCUGCCCUGCUCCCCCAACCACACAGGGAAGGCCCUCCACAGAAGGGGACCCGCCCAGCGCCCCCGGCAGGGAGGGAAGGCGGUGCGCACCUCGGCAGGCGUCGUGUGCCCGCGCUCCUCUCCCGCAGCCCUCCUGUGCGGCGUCAGGCAGAGGCGGGGUGGGGCGCAGUUAAAAGAAGCCGCAGGUGGGAACCGGGGCUCCACCCGCACAGUCCCGGAUUCCGUUCCCGCUGCAAACCGUGGGCGCCCGCCCGACCGGAGCUGAGCGCACCGCUGCAAGCCGGGAGCCGCAUCCCACCGAGCAGGGCUACUGAGACCCAGGAGACUGGCCCAUCAACCUGGGUCACUGGUGGCUGUCAUUAAAGGUGACAUUCCCACUGCCAUCUAUAAACAGAGCAUCAUCUUAGUGCCAUCAUCACUGCUCUGCAGAUUUCAAAGGAGUUGGAGGAAGAGCCAGAAGUCCUUGCAGAGGGAUUUCACCUUGGCUCUUGAGCUGGGCACCCUGGGAGUCCUUGGGCAUAAGACGCAGGGAUAAAGCUGCACGAUGGAUUGGGGGACCCUGCACACUGUCAUUGGUGGUGUGAACAAGCACUCCACCAGCAUAGGGAAGGUGUGGAUCACGGUCAUCUUUAUUUUCCGAGUCAUGAUCCUUGUGGUGGCUGCCCAGGAAGUAUGGGGUGAUGAGCAGGAGGACUUUGUGUGCAACACUCUGCAGCCAGGGUGCAAGAAUGUCUGCUACGACCACUUCUUCCCGGUAUCCCACAUCCGGCUCUGGGCCCUGCAGCUGAUCUUCGUGUCCACCCCGGCACUGCUGGUGGCCAUGCACGUGGCCUACUACAGACACGAAACUGCCCGUAAGUUUAUACGUGGGGAGAAGAGGAAUGAGUUUAAAGACCUGGAGGACAUCAAGCGGCAGAAGGUGCGCAUCGAGGGCUCGCUGUGGUGGACAUACACCAGCAGCAUCUUCUUCCGCAUCAUCUUUGAAGCUGCCUUCAUGUAUGUCUUCUACUUCCUCUACAAUGGGUACCACCUGCCCUGGGUACUGAAAUGUGGCAUUGAGCCCUGCCCCAACCUUGUGGACUGCUUUAUUUCCAGACCAACUGAGAAAACGGUGUUUACUGUUUUUAUGAUUUCUGCAUCUGUGAUUUGCAUGCUGCUCAAUGUGGCCGAGUUGUGUUACCUGCUGCUAAAACUGUGUUUCAGGAGAUCCAAAAGAACACAAGCACAGAGAAACCAUCCCAACCAUGCCCUGAAAGAGAGCAAGCAGAAUGAAAUAAAUGAGCUGAUCUCAGACAGUGGUCAAAACGCGAUCACAAGUUUCCCAAGUUAAGCAUUUCAAGGUUAAGUGUAGGCGAGUCUUGACAGAGCUUGUGCUCUGUCUGUAGACAACAGCAAUCUAACAACUCCCUCUAGGUCUAGAGUUUAUCUGCAAAUGACUCAUAGCAAAUAGAUAUCUGAGUUCAGUUUUUGAAGAACACCUGAACUAUUCACACACAGUGUAAGUCAAAAUUGUGGUCCAUCUCUGAAAACAAAAUCCUGGUGACAAAUGAACCUUGAAGUCACCUUGACAAGUCCUAUGUGGACUGUCUGACUUAGUGGGUAUUUUCUGAAAUGCUUUAUAUAAUUUGUUGAUAAAGAGUGACUUAUCUAGAAAUUAAUAGUUUUAUCAGCAAGAUAUUUUUAUAGGGUGGAAUAUUUUGGUUCUGACCUUGAACUCAUACAAAGUAUUUUUUUAUGACUGGCCUUCCUUACCUGGAAAAAAUACACAAAGUUAGCUUUGCAAGUGCACUCCAAGUUUCUAAAGUUUGAACUUGUAAAGGGUCUGGUAUGUUAUAAAUAUCGUUGCACACUGUCUGAGGACAGUUUUAUGAACUAGUGUGUGCUCUUAAGGUGGGGUGUGUUCAUUGGACAAUAUAUGUUGCUGCUUGCUAAAAUACAGAUGGAAUUGAAGGAAAUGGAAUACAUUUUUAAACCGGCCUUCUCCACUUUUGGUGAAGAGUACAAACAUGAAUGUGACCACCCCAAUAAAGCUUGACCCUGUCGCUUAA